GUGAGCGAGCGAGCGAGAGGACGGACGGGAAGACGAAGAAGGUGAGGAGAAAGCAAGAAAGAGAAAAGAACCAGUCGGCAAUGAUCUUUUCAAACCCCUAAUCAAAGCUUCAUCUCUCUCUCUCUCUCUGAUUUGAAUGUAAACAUAUAUAUGUUCAUGCUUAUGAUAGCUCAAAUACAUAUAGAUAGACCCAUGCUUGUUCGACAGAUCACUCCUCAAAUCCACUCUCUUCUUUAUCGUCUUCAUUUUCAUCACUGUAAUUUCGACCUUCUUGCCCCUCCGAUCGUCUCCAUUUUUCAGAUCCACCCACUCAUAAUUGCCCUGCUGUGAGGGGGCAAUUCCUCUCAGAUCUGCCAAAAGCAAAUUCAAAAGCCCCAUCAAUGGACGACCUUGAAAUCUUAGCCAGAGACUUUGGGUUUAAACCUCAAGGCAAAUCCAACCCUAUGAAAUCAUCCAGUCUCCGAUCAGACGGUCCUCCCCCUCGCUCCGCUGCUCGAUCCUCAACGAACUCAUCCUCACCGUUCAUCAACGACAGUCACAACGACCCAUUAUUCAACGACGUCUUCGGGGGGCCACCGAAGUACACAAACAGCAAUAAAGAGAAGUCUUCGUCGCUCUCUGAUUUUGAUUAUGAUUCAAUGUUCAAGAGCACAGAGGCAAACGAAUCGAAGAAUAAAUCAGCUUCGGCGGUGCCCGUUUACGAUAAGCCGGUGUAUGAUGACGAUAUAUUCGAUGGACUGCCUGGGUUGAAGAGCAAAUCGACGUCGGCUUCGGUUAGGUAUGGUGAGAAUGUGUUUGCGUCGAUGGCUUCACCGCCAAAGCAGAGUGAUCAGUUUGAUGAUAUUCUUGGGAAUUUGGGAAGGACCGAGAAGGUGGAGUCGAGGAAGAGUAAGAGUUCGAGGGGUUUGGAUGAUCUGUUGCCUGGGUUUGGUAGUGGCGAUCCAACCAGUAAUAGUAGCAGGCCGAUUCCAGAUUCAAGUCAACCCCCGAGGUCAACUGGCAGUACAAAUCAAACAACUUCUACUGUGAUGGAUGACCCUUUUGUAGUUUUAGAAUCAACUUCAACUCCUGCGGCUUCAUCCACAGGGUUGUUUAUAGAUCCACUGGAAGAGAUUGGUAAGCUUGGUAAAUCUGGAAACACAAAGGCUGACAAUUCAUCUGUUGGGGGAGCAGUAUUUGAUGAUAUAGAUCCCCUCAAUGGUUUUGGCAAAUCUGUGCCUGCAUUUUCCACCGAGAGGAAUAACAGGGGGAAGGAUGGGAGCCCUUCGAGGGCAGGAUCAAGCAUGAGUGGGAAUCAAAUUUUUGUUAGUAGAGAACAAACUGGGAAAUCUUCUUCUAGAUUUUCUGAGAGCCACUUGCAGAAGAAGGUUCCUGAUGAAAAUUUUCAGGAAUCUCCUCAAACCCACUUUGACAUGCCCACUGUUUCAGCAGAUUCACAUACAUCUUUCAAUCCAACUGCUUCUUCCCCCUUGGACAUAGAUGCUUACUUUAAUGAGACACACCCCCAGGUAGAUAUGUCUCUGAGAUCGGAAAAACAAGUGCAGUCAUCUGAUGACGUAUGGCUUUCAGUAUCAGAGAUCCCACUUUUUACACAACCUACAAGUGCUCCACCACCUUCAAGACCCCCUCCUCCAAUACCCAGGCAGGGUUCAAAAUCAGAAACAGGUUUCUUUUCCUCAAAUGCUAGAAAGAAGGGUGAAGAAUUUUCUCCUUCCCCAACUUACACUCUUUACUCUCAAAGUCCUAAACUCUUCCAUCCUGCAGUGAAGAGCUCUGUAGCUUCUUCAGCAGAUGAAGUUGAGGAUUUUGCCAUGGGUGGAGCCCAAAAUAACAUCGAUCAAAAUACCGAUGUUCAAUCUGGUGAGGAAAUGAACACGAACUCUGCAGCAGCAGCUGCUAUGAAGGAAGCUAUGGAUAAAGCUGAAGCUAAGUUUAGGCAUGCAAAGGAAGUAAGGGAGAGAGAAUAUGCAAAGGCUGCUAGAAAUAAAGAAGCUGUGCAGCUGGAAAAAGAUGAACAGACCAUGCAAGAAGCGCAAGAGAGAGAAUUCAACGAGAACCAGGAGCGAUCAGAUCAUGAGAGGCGACAAAGGGAAAAGGAAGAGGAAGAGAGAGAACAGAGGAGACUUGAGAGGGAGAGGGAGAGAGCAAGGGAGAUUGAAAGGGAAAGGGCCAGACAAGUAGUGGAAAGGGCUACUAGGGAAGCAAGGGAAAGAGCAGCGGCAGAGGCGCGCGAGAGAGCAACUGCUGAAGCUCGGCUGAAAGUUGAAAGGGCUGCAGUUCAGAGAGCACAAGCUGAAGCCCGUGAAAGGGCAGCGGUGGAAGCUAAAGAUAGAGCAGAAAAGGCUGCUGCAGAAGCUAGGGAAAGAGCAAAUGCAGAAGCAAGGGAGAAAGAAACGAGGGAGAAAGCUGCUGUUGUAAGGGCUGAAGCUGAUGCUCGACGUAGAGCAGAACGAGCUGCUGUUGAUAGAGCUGCUGCAGAAGCCCGUGAGAGGGCUGCUGCAGAUGCUCGAGAGAGGGCUGCUGCUACAGCAAGAAUGAACCAACAAAAGAAUGAUAAUGAUCUUGAAUCCUUCUUCAGCAUGGGAUCUCGAGCAAGCAGUGCACCAAGGCCAAGGGCAAAUCCUUCGGACCCUGUUGUGGAUCCACAACCCCAGGGCAGGGCAGCACCUGAAGCUGCAAGGCAGACAUCUUCUUCAGGUGGUGCCUCAUCCAAUUUGAGAAAAGCAUCUUCCACCACUAAUAUUGUUGAUGAUCUUUCUUCAAUUUUUGGAGGUGCUCCUUCAUCUGGAGGCUUCCAAGAAGUUGAAGGGGAAAGUGAAGAAAGAAGAAGAGCUAGACUACAACGCCACCAACGCACUCAGGAGCGAGCGGCUAAAGCAGUGGCUGAAAAGAAUCAGCGUGACCUUCAAGUUCAGAGGGAUCAAGAAGAAAGACAUAGGAUGGCAGAAACAUUAGACAGCGAGAUUAAGCGUUGGUCUGCAGGGAAAGAGGGAAAUUUACGUGCACUACUGUCAACAUUGCAAUAUGUGCUUUGGCCUGAGUGUGGUUGGCAGCCUGUUUCUUUGACCGAUUUGAUUACAGGUGCCUCAGUUAAAAAAGUUUAUAGGAAGGCGACUUUGAGCAUUCACCCUGAUAAGGUGCAACAAAAAGGUGCCAGCCUGCAACAAAAAUAUAUUGCUGAGAAGGUGUUUGAUCUGCUUAAGGAGGCUUGGAACAAGUUUAAUUCAGAGGAGCUUUUCUAAAUGCUUUGAGCAUUCAUUAACUUUAAUCGACUACAUUUGGAAAUCACACCAUUUGUUGGGGGCAAGAAAUGCAGAAGUGUUCCCCCGCAUGUAUUUUAUAUCUCCACUGCUCCGUGCACCUGGUGGAAGUAGGCAGAAUGUGGACUGCUGAAGAAGUCCUUAAUGGGUACUGAGCUGCAUGAAUGGUGAAGUACGCAUAUAUACUUUUGUUGCUGUAAAUUGAUUUAUGCCAAAGAAAUAUGGGGUGUGCGAUGUUGUAGUGUAGAAUGAUUUCAUUCCCACCUACGCUAGCAGAUUUCAUCAUCUGCCUCAUGUGCUUCCUCAGAUGAAUUCUUGUAUUUUUGUCGAUUCUUUUUUGUUUCUUCCUUCUUGUCCAGUUUCCAUUGAUGGUAUUGUGUUUAUGGAUAUGAGACACUGUAAUGAGCCUGUGUAUUGUUGUAAAAACCGAGAAUUAUUUGAGCUGGAUCUUCAGUAUACCAUUUUUGGUCAUCAAGUUCCAGUUUUAUUUGUCAGCAGAAUCACCCUUUGGUUUUCUUUUGAUUGAAUUCUAGUAGCGUCUAUUCU